CCGGCGCUGACCACGUGACCAGCGGGCCCGGCAGGAAGCCGAGACUACAACGCCCGAAAGCCUUUGCGGCGCGGCGCGGCCAGGCCGGGCGCGGAUCAGCCGGGCGAGCGCUCGCUGCUGCCCUUGGGUCGCUGUCAUGGCUUCUUCGCGGGUCUUCCCCGUCGUCAGGUUCGUUGUCAAAGGCAGCCUGGCUGGAGGUGCCAUGUACGUGGCGUACGAUCAGGGGCUGCUGGGGAAUGGCAAUCAAGGAGCAGAGGCCCUCAAAAAGGCUCGAGCAGCGCUGCCUCCAGCUAUCCAGGAAUGGACGAAUUACACAGGCUGGGAGCUUCCAUCCACUCCAAAAUUUGACUUUUCUGUCUCUGAAUCCUGGAACACAGGAGUUCAGGCCACCAUGUCUGCUCUAUCUGUAGCUCCCACCAAGGUCCAUGAAUACACCCAGGAUGGCUGGAAGUACAUGAAGAACCUCUUCAAAUGAACACUCUCUCUCUCCUGCGUUUGCUGUUUCCUCCAUGCUACAGUCUCGGAGAUGAGAUGUAGUACACCCCACUAGAGGGCAGCUCAGCCAUGCAAAGGCUCCAAUAAAAGACUCUGGAACUUC